UCUUCUCUGCUAUUGGCUGCCGAGCUUAAAGGCCCUCACAAAGUGUCAUCAGUGGACUUGAGCUGAACUUCUCUCCUUCCAGCGGCGCUGUGCUCAGCCUAAGUGCUCAAGUCCGGACUCUGACAAGCACAUGAAGGGGAGAAAACAUUAAAAGAGGAGGCGGGAGGAUGUCAGUGGAGGUGGACGUGUUGCUGCAGGAGGCAAAGGAGAGCAUCGAAGCAGCUCAGAACUAUCGCAGUGAGCUCCAGCAGCGCUUGCAUGGCCUCAACCAGGCGCGGAAACAGGUGCGAGGCAGCUCUGGUCAGGCCCGCGAGGCCCUCCGGAGGCACUUUGCAGAACUGCAAGCGGCGGCCACCGGUCUGCUGUCGGAGCGACUGAGCGCCUUGCUGACCGAGGUGGACGCCGUGGAGGCGGACAGCAUCAAGCCUUUGGACGACUGCCAGAGCCUCAUCGAGCAUGGCGUGAGCCAGGCGGACGAGCUCCUACGAGACGGUGAAGCCGCACUGCGCUGUGGUCUCGGCGAGAAAGAGGACAAACUGGGAAGCUUCACAAAGAAGGCCAUGCACAUCCAGUUGGACAGCCUCCCCGAGGUACCGGCUCUGGUGGACGUUCCGUGCGUCUCAGCCCAGCUGGACGACUCCCUGCUGGGCCUCCUGCGGGAGCGCAUGUGCCGUCACGGCUCUGUGGCGUCCCACCCGCCUGUGCUGAUAGAAGAACUGCAGGAGAGACCGGGCAGCAUCCUGGUGCGCUGGUGUAAGGUGGAUGAAGACUUCGCCGCCGCUGAUUAUCGGCUGCAGUACCGGCGAGCCGGCAACGGGGGAAGCCAAUACGAAGACGCCUACAUCGGUCGGGACUCUGACUUCCUGGUCCUACACCUGGACGCUCACAAGGACUACUUGUUCAGGGUGUGCGCCCGCGGGGAGGGUCGCACCGAGUGGAGCCCCUGGAGCAUCCCGCAGACUGGAUACACCACCCUGGCACCACACGAGUGGUGUCCUGGCACUGAAGGCUACAUCCUGGGCAGCAGGAGGAACGUGGCCUUGAGGAAUGACUCCUCCCAAUCUGGCUGCCCCGUCCUCUAUUCCAACGCACCCACCUACUUCUGUGGCCUCACACUUACCUUCAGAAUUACGGCAUCAGGCCACCCGGAUCGGAGGGACAGUCUGGGCGUGUGCGUGGAUGGUAGAGGAGCAGGGGGUCAAAGGUCACUCCAGAGCGACAAGGCGGUCUGCAUCUCCACCAACGGCGCCGUCUUCGUGAACGGCAAAGAGAUGACCAAUCAGCUUCCCGCCAUCAGCCUGGGCUCGGCCGUGACCUUUGACAUGGAGGUGGUGGGCGUGCUGCCCGUCAACAACAACGUGAUCGAGGGCGGCGGCAGCGGCGGCUUCAAGCUGAGGGUCACCAUCGGCUCAGGUAGCAGGGAGGUGGUGUUUGAUUGGGUGCUGGAGCAUGCGGUGGACGGCCUCUUCUUCGGAUGCUCCUUCGUCCACUCGGGGUGGAAAGUUCUCGUCUUUUAACUUUUUUUUUUUGUCUCUAUCUACUUCUCAAUGUCAAGCGUGAGGCUUUUUCACUUCUCACGUCUGCAGGACUCACUCACAUUUCCUCCACAACUUGGAAUUAGCCAUAGUGAUGAUGACAUCAUAGGCCCCGCCUCCUCCCGGUUCUUCCCUUAAAGUCGUCUUGUUUACAUAUUCCAGGGCGGAAAAGUGACGAGCAUCACUUUUAAUUCUUCGGUGCAUGUAUGUGAAGCGGGAACACCGCAGUUUCACCUUUUGUCCAGCAGGACCACUGUGAAGACGCCUCCUAUUCGUCCUCUUAGUCACGUCCUAGUUCAUCACGAAGCAUCCUUACAGCGUGUGAUGAAAGUCUUCCGUGCGUCACGCCUUCUUUGUGUAUUAAUAAUCGACCGGGAUCACUUUCCCAUCAAAGAAGAGGAAGUCCGCACAGUAAACAAUGGAGGACGUUUUCCCCCUUCUGCAAGUCCGGCUGAACGACACACUGUCUAGCUCCUUUUAGGCACCCGACCACUCCUGUAACACUGGAGACCGUGCAGCUUUUGAAAGAAUAUUUCAUGUGUUCAUUAAAUGAGUGGCGAACAAACGUGACUUAUUGUGUCCGCUUCAGGACCACAUGACGGUACAAAGUUGACCUCCCGCCUUUACUCAUCUUAUUAUUAUUAUUAGUCCGUCACACAUUAGGCAAAAUAAAGGUUUGAUGCAACGGGGAAGUCAAACAGGAAGUUAACCUUAUUCGUGAGCCAAGGCCACUUCUUCAUGUUGCCUGGGAUUUUACAUGGAUGAUGGUUUUGUUUUGUUUAUUGGCGAAAGAUGGCGGCGGCUGUUGCUGUGGAUACAUAAUGUCAAUCAUUUUUAUAAGUCACAAAACCUGUCGAGAAACAGAUGUGCCUGUAUCAAUAAAUCACCGACUGAAAUUCUCUGACUUCCAAAA